CCACUUCCAAAGAAAUGGCCGCGGAUCCUCGAGGAGAAAGAAAUACUAUGGCAUUGCUUCUGAGAUGCCAUUUCAUGCUCUUGGUUCUUAGCACAUGCCUCAUCCUUACUGUUCAGGCAGAAUGUAGCAAGGACUGUGCAUCUUGUACCCAACGAUUGGCAUACAAUGCUGAUAUCAACCCCCUGGCAUGUACACUAGAAUGUGAAGGAAAGCUGCCUUCUGCCAAAGCGUGGGAAACCUGCAAGGAACUCCUUCAAAUGAAUAAACUGGAUCUAUCCCAGGAAGCCAAUGGUGUCCUAGGGGACAACCCAAAACAGGAUGAGAGUCAUUUGCUAGCCAAAAAAUAUGGUGGGUUCAUGAAAAGGUAUGGGGGCUUCAUGAAGAAGAUGGAUGAGCUCUACCAUAUAGAACCAGAGGAGGAGCCUAAUGUGGGAGAAAUCCUUGCUAAAAGAUAUGGAGGCUUUAUGAAGAAGGACUCAGAUGAUGAUACCUUGGCUAAUUCCUCUGAUCUGCUGAAGGAGCUUCUUGGAACAGGGGAAAAUGCUGAAAUUGGGCAUUAUCGGGACCUGAAUGAUAAUGACGGUGAGGUCAUCAAGCGAUACGGUGGCUUCAUGAGGAGCAUAAAGCGCAGCCCAGAAUUGGAAGAUGAUGCCAAAGAGCUGCAAAAGAGAUAUGGUGGCUUCAUGAGAAGAGUGGGAAGGCCAGAAUGGUGGCUAGACUACCAGAAACGAUACGGUGGAUUUCUUAAGCGUUUUGCCAAUUCUCUUCUUCCUUCAGAUGAAGACGGAGACAGUUAUUCCAAAGAGGUUCCGGACAUGGAAAAAAGAUAUGGUGGAUUUAUGAGAUUUUAAUGUCCUCCCUUUUGUCUUUUUUGUCCCAAAUCAAAGACUGCCUCAUUGAUCAUAAUUUAUUGUAAUGUGUUGCUUGUACUGUACAGUUUUUUACUGUCCUAGUUAAUAAUGCAACUUGCUGUCUGUUAUUUUGAGUUCUGUGCUCUUUUAAGACCAACAAAUAACUUCUGUUUUAGUCUAAUUUGUCUAUCUUGUACUUUCAUGCUAAAUCUGUUUUAGUUACCAUAUACAUUUCUU